UCUGCAUGGGACAAAUCAGCGAAGCAUGCUUCAUUUUUUUUAAACCAUUAGAUAAAGAAAGGAUCUAAGGAUCUACAAAGAUUACACACAUGUURGUUAAGUGAUUUUCAAUAUAGAACACUCUCAUGAUGUGCCAAUAAUGUAGCAGAACAGUUGAAAAUGAGUGUGAACAAGCUAGCGUCUUCACUAUGCCGGUUGACUGGGGCAACCAACGCUUCGGCAUCAAUUUUGSAAUCUUUGCUGAAUUCAACGACGACUGAUCAAGAAGUAGUUUUACUUGAACAAUUACGGGAAUUCUUAAAACCUGAAAGCGUUCAUUCUACACAAAGUGAAGACGAUUGCGAGAGAGAGUGGCUCGAGAGAGGAAUCGAUGACAAUCCUUUCCCUAGCUCACAGCCAUCAACACUGUUUGGUUCUCAACAAGAUCUCAAUCACUUCACAUUCUACGUAUAUGAGCGUCGAUAUGGACGAACAGAAUUUCUUAUCAACUCUACAAUAGAUGGAAAUCAGGAGAGUUUAGAUGGAGUAGAUGUUUUGGCCACAUCGCCCCGAGUUCAAGAUGAUAGUAGAUUAUUAGUGCGAUUGAAUGUACUACUUGACGAACACAUCCACUGGUUUUCCUCUCAACCACUUAAUGUUGAGCUCUUAGGGAGUCUAAAAUAUGCUGUCUCGCAAGCGCAUAGUUUACCAGUAGUACGUAAUCAUACCUGUGUCCAAAUCAUGGAGUGGAUAAAGAUAAGGUCAGACAAUGGCUUCAGUGAUCAGGUCUUUCCUCUCGUAAAGGCUUUAAUUGUAUCUGGUAUUACKGAUGUUUGGUCAGCAAUAAGAAAUAGCUGUGUGGCAAGACUAGCACCAAGUUUGGAUCAUUUUACACUUGAUCAAGCUCAUGUCUUUUACUGUGAAUUAAUUCAGAUAUGUCUAGCCAAGGAUAGUUCAUGGCAAGCUAUAGAAGGAGCAGUCAUGGGAAUGACUACUUUAGUAAGAAGGUUUAGCUGGACAGGUGURAUGAAACACCAAUUGAACAAUAACACUAAGGAUGAGAUAUCACAGUAUAUGCUGAAGUUUGGUUCAUCAGAGCAGAGCUCCUUGCCUACCUUUAUUAUGGAUUCUGUGCAUUCAGUGUUAUACUCACUUCUUGCUCAUCCACAACUAAGUAUCAGAGACCAAGCUACCAAUGCUUUCUCUUCAAUACUGUCCAGAUGUGAAUUCCAGGAAGCAUUUGUUGCCUUUCAAGAUGUCAUCCAAAGGUUGUGUAAAGGAAUUCUUGACUGUCCUCAGUCUGAGGGGAAUGUCAUAGCUCUACCACACAUUGCUGUAUUACGGUCAGAUUUCAAAUUCCUGCAGGCUUACCAGGCUGAAGGGCUUCUUGGUGUUUGUGUGUUUCUUAUCAAGCAUAUUCCUCCUGGUUACCUGUURACAAUGUGGCCAUUGUAUUUCUCUACCUUCAAUCUUUAUCUCAUGCACCCUGCUUCAACUGUAAGACAGACAACAAGUGCAGUCUUCAAGUAUCUAGUUGCCAAAGAGUCCAGUAGUCCUGUAUUGCUAAAGCUGGUCUUGCAAGGCCUAGCAGCAGACUGGCAAGUUGAUACKGAUAUCUUGCUUUGCGACCUUCAAAGUAGAGUAGCAACAAGUAGUGAACAGACRGACAGUAGCUACAGGACACCCACWCCAGAGGCUCUACAUGGCGUGUCRCCUGUUCAAGCUUCCACAAGACAGGGAACUCUAGCCACUCCWCCACCAAUAGAUACYRCAGCUGAUACUCAAGAGAGGCAGUGUUCUUCUGGUUCUCAUCCACCACUUCACAAACAGCAAAGAAUAAGUAUCAGAAAUGUUCAGAGGUUGUUUGAUGAACGUCCUUCACAGACAGCAGGUCAUGUYGUUUCUCAGUCUUGGGAAUGGAGAGAAGGCAGACUGUUGGCAUAUGARCUUAUUUUAAAGUUUGUCAUUGCUAACCAUGUACACUAUGUCUUUCCUACUUUUGCCCUCACUACGAGUAGYGCAAGUGCCUCCGUUUCUGUUGAUGAAAACUUGAUCAGCAAGCAAGGUAGACAAAGGGCAUGGACUGCUGAUUCUUUGGCAGGACUAGAUAUGAAUAACUCCCAAGAUGGAGAUACAAUUAAACCUUUACCUAAACUCAGAAGAGAAUCUGAUGUUUCUUCAACAACUCAAAACUUAAAAAGCAACAGUUUUGCAGCCAUUUCCUCUCAGAUGUCAAGUUUCACCCCUAUGACAAUUCAGGAAGAUGAAAGUGUCUAUAUAGAGGCUGCCUCUGAAUAUUGUCACAAACAUCAGAACACAUCUCAUAUUAAAGAAGUUUGGAGUAGACAAUCCAAUCGAUCAUCAUCAGUCAGCAAAAUUGAAGAYGAUGGUUCAAGAACUAGAAAACUUAUUCGUCAGUAUUCAGUGACAUGCCAAAAAUAUCCUAAAAGACCAUUCCGACCUCCUAAACAACAAGGUGUUUUACUGGCCAACUCACUGCUUUGYCAAGCAUCAGAUUUAGAGAUGAAUACAAAUAGUACCAUGAARGCAUCAAUUAUGGUGUCUGGCCCAGUGUCAAAUAUUGUAAAAACUUUAGCUUCACCCUUAGGAAAGAUAGAGCAACAGAAUAGUGAUUUUUUUAUGUACAAAGAAUUAAGAAACAAAUCUAGUAAACCUUUAGAGGAUUUGCCGCAAUGGGCUUUUCAACUGGAGCUUGAACCUUUGACUUGUAUAUUAUCACAGAUAUUGUUUCAAACUAUAGAGUGCCUUGCUGAUUCUAGAUGGGAAUUACGUAGAAUGGGACAACAGCUUCUUCCGCUUGUAACAGAGACAAUACGAUGGUUCAACAUGGCUACCUUGGCUUAUCUGUGGGACAAUCAUUUAACAAGAGAGAACACUCUUUUAUGUUAUGGUGGUUGUAUUUCUCUAAAAAACUCUGUCAUGCAUGCUGGAAGACUAAGAUAUUACCUGGAUCAACCACCCACGACAUGGAAGGAUCCAGAGAGCUGCAGUAGAGUAGCAAUGUCAAUAGUUAAUGAGAUMAAAAAAGGCAUCAAGAAAUGGCUAUCAAAGAUUCACAGGAUAAUUCAGUACCCUGGCUAUGACAGACUCACAGUAGUUGCUAUGGAAACCAUUAUGCUUUCACAUAUUUAUUUCUUUACUUCACUUGAUUUUGAACAGAAACUUGAAGCUGAGGACCAAAUACUUGAUGUUUUGUUGAGUGUUUUCACUUGUUCAUUUCCUGAAAAACCUCUCAGUGCAGCAUUAAAGUCAUUUUGCAGAGAACAAACUGCGGAGUUCUUAGUUCCUGUAGAUGGGUUUUUAAGCUGCUCCUCAAGAAUAGAGUCUCCAGAGAAAAAUGCACAGCAGUUUGGAAAGCAUUUCUUUUCUGAGGCACAUGUAACUUUCAAGAGUUUUUUGAAGACCUGUCAAGUCCAUAAACUGGUUGUCAUAUUUCCUGUCUUGAUUCACUACAUUGAGUGGUUGUCAGAAGAAACUGCACUUUGUCAUUCACUGGUAGAUGGGCUACACCAUAUCUUAAUCAAGACACAAGAACUAAAGAAUUUAACCACACAAAGACAAAACCUUGAUUCUCUCAUUCAAACAUACUUUGAACAUGGCUUGAUAGCUGUAAGUGAUGCCAUCACAUCAUCAAAGGCUUUGGACAUAGCUAUAUUAAGACAACUUUUAGACUUAACUCUUAAGACUUGUGAGUUCAUUGAUCAACCUUCACUCAGCCAUAUUUUCAAAGCCAUCAGUGAAAAACUAGACUAUGAUCCUGAUCUUCUUCGUUUGGUCACAAUUGACAAUGCAAGUCGUACCACCACUCCUGACCUGUACAUCUUGAGUAAUGACAUACCCACAAGUCCUGUGGAUGAACCGGCUAUUCCAGUAGAAGAGGAAGAUGACGAACCAGACUCCAUAAGAGUUCUUCGGGAAUCAGAAGCAUUGGAUGCAUCRCAUGGUAGUGGAAGAGGUCCAGUGCGACAAGAUGAUGAUGAUUCUGACCUGUCAGACUGGGACAGCUGGGAAGAUGAAGAAGAGGAUCAGUCAGCAUUGAUAGCAGUGUUUUCAGAUUUUCUCAAAAACUUACAGAACAUGUAUGAAGCCAAGACUGACCAAGAAACCACCUCAGUCUUCAAGAGGCAGUUACAAAAGUGUGAAAGAUUAGAAAGACAAGCAAUUGCAAGUGUGAUGCAGUCAUAAUACUCAGAAAUAGCAAGACAUAUUUCAUCUCUGAAAAUAAAAAUAAAAACUUAAAGAGGAAUUCACCAUGUAAAAUAAUUAUGAUUAGAUAAGGUUUUAGUACUUUUAGGCUUUUUUUGCUGUAUUUAUUGUCAAACUCACAUUGUUGUGUGAUUUGGUAUUUUAUUCUGUAUAUUGUGUACAAUUUCUGUUUUGUAUAGAUAUUGUAUUUUCUCUGGGGAAAAGGAUUUCUAUCCCAGAGUUUGGCCCAGCAGCUCAAAAGAUAUUGUUCUAAAUUAGUUGAAAAAUAAAGACUAUUAUUUAUAAGUGAAAAA